CGAGCGGCUGGAGCAGCGCUAUGUGUAGCUCUGCCUCCACACUGAUGACUGGAGGAAACCCAAAGCUCCCCCAGACCCAGAGCUGCUCUCAGAACGGGACUGAACAGUUUUUCAGAAUUUAACGGGACACGUGCGGCACUUUUGUGUUUUUCGUUGUUUACAUUAGUUUUAGGGCUUUUUUCUCCAGUUUAGAAGAGUUCGAGCGCCUGAGGAGGAUAAUGGACUUGUUCUAACCUUCCUCCAGUGGAAGAAGUCUCGUGCCGUGUUUAAUUUACUGGAGAUAAUAAGUUAUAAAAACGUGUAGGUAAUAGUUUUAAACUACACGCAGGCGAAUGCGAGGAGUUGUAAGGGUUGUAUGAUGUCGUCCGAGAGGAGUUUGUGGCGUUUGGCCGGGUGUGUGGCUCUGUUGGCUGUGCUGGUGGGGAGGGUGGUUGCGGAGCAGCUGCCCCCGGAGCCCCUGAGGACCGGCCGGGUCCAGGAGGACAGCGGCGCGGCCAGCCGGGUGCGGAGACGCGGGAAACAGGAGGCGCUGAGAGGGCCCAAUGUGUGCGGAUCCCGCUUGCACUCCUACUGCUGUCCAGGCUGGAAGACUUUGCCUGGGGGCAACCAGUGUGUCGUGCCCAUAUGUCGUAAUAGCUGUGGAGAUGGCUUCUGUUCCAGGCCCAACAUGUGCACCUGCACUACUGGUCAAAUCGCUUCAUCCUGUACAGUUAAAUCCACAGCCCAACAGUGUAGCAUUAGAUGUAUGAAUGGAGGGUUGUGUGAAGAGGAUCACUGCCAGUGUCAAAAGGGCUACACAGGAACCUACUGUGGACAACCUGUUUGUGAGAAGAAGUGUCAGAACGGAGGACGCUGCAUUGGGCCGAACCGCUGCGCAUGUGUGUAUGGGUUCACAGGGCCUCAGUGUGAAAGAGAUUACCGAACAGGUCCUUGCUUCUCUCAGGUGGUCAACCAGAUGUGCCAGGGUCAGGUGAGUGGCAUUGUGUGCACUAAGACGCUGUGCUGUGCCACUAUCGGACGGGCCUGGGGUCACCCAUGUGAAGAAUGUCCUGCUCAGCCACAGCCCUGCCGUAGAGGCUUCAUCCCCAACAUCCGCACUGGAGCCUGCCAAGAUGUUGAUGAAUGCCAGGCCGUGCCAGGUCUGUGCCAAGGAGGGAACUGCGUCAACACAGUGGGCUCAUAUGAGUGCAAGUGCCCUGCUGGGCAUCGUCUUAACGAAGUCACGAAUAAGUGUGAGGAUGUGGAUGAGUGCUCUACUGUUCAACAUGUGUGUGAAGGAGGACAGUGCACCAACUCAGUUGGCAGCUUUUCCUGCGUGUGUCCAUCUGGAUAUGUGCUGUCUGCCGACAAGACUCGUUGCUUUGGCCAGCAUAUAGGCUCCUGUUUUGCAGCUCUACUGAGUGGGCGAUGUGCUCAGGAGAUGACAGGACGCCUCACAAAAAUGCAGUGCUGUUGUGAUAGAGGCCUCUGCUGGGCUAGAGGAACAGUUCCAGAGAUGUGCCCGAUCCGUGGAACUGAUGAAUUCCGUAGGAUGUGUUUAGAGGGAGUACCAGUGGGAGGAUAUCCAGAUGUGGAUCCUGGCAUUCUUGGAGGCAGAAUCCCUCAACAGCCCAACAGACCUGACUCGACUCUGAAUGGCCAAACACUUUAUCCGGUCAAUGGCAACUUAUAUCCUCACAUUCCACAGAUCCCUCAGAUCCCUCAAAUCCCACAGAUCCCUCAUAUUCCCAUUAAUGGAAACGGCAAUGGACAAAGACCACAGGGACCUGUUGUGAGUCUAAAUGAGACAAUCAACAAAUGCUUGUUGAUUCCCAACUUGUGUUUAAAUGGACGCUGUAUCCCGGUGGGGUCCAGUCAUCGCUGUGAGUGCAAUGCUGGCUUCAGAGUGGACAGCCUAGGAGAGUGCUCUGACAUAGAUGAGUGUGUUUCUGACCCCUGUACUAAUGGAGACUGUGUAAAUACUGCCGGCUCUUUUUACUGCAAGUGCCAUACAGGCUUUCACAGGCCUCCAGGCAAGCAGGCCUGCUUUGACACUGAUGAAUGUCUGAAUAACGGCGUGCUUUGUCGGAACGGGCGCUGCCUCAACACUGCCGGCAGCUUCCGCUGUAUCUGCAACGCAGGCUUCCAGCUCACGCCCGACGGCAAAAACUGCAUAGAUCAUGACGAAUGUACCUCAACAAACAUGUGUCUGAAUGGCAUGUGCAUCAAUGAAGAAGGGAGCUUCAAAUGUGUGUGCAAACAUGGCUUCACAUUAGCCUCUAGUGGACGCUACUGCACAGAUAUUGAUGAGUGCCUGACCCCCGGCAUCUGUUUACACGGGCGCUGCAUAAACACAGAAGGCUCGUACCGGUGCGAGUGUUUAGCAGGACUGGCUGUUGGGCCUGAUGGACGCUCUUGUGUGGACACACACAUGCGCAGUACCUGCUAUGGAGCUAUUAAAAAAGGAGUGUGUGUGCGGCCUUUCCAAGCAGCGGUCACCAGGUCGGCGUGUUGCUGUGCCAGUGCAAGCUACAGCUUUGGGGAGCCCUGCCAACCGUGCCCUACCUUAGACUCAGCUGAAUUCAAUGCCCUGUGUCCAAGUGGGACUGGUUAUGCCAUCGAUGGAACAGACAUUAAUGAAUGUGCUAUGGACCCUGAUAUCUGCCCUAAUGGAGCGUGUGAGAAUCUGAGAGGGGGCUAUCGCUGUAUCUGUAACAUAGGAUAUGAGACUGACCAAAGUGGCAGAUCCUGCCAGGAUGUUGAUGAAUGCUUUGUGAACCGUCUCCUUUGUGAUAACGGCCUCUGCCGGAAUGUUCCCGGCAGCUACACGUGUACCUGCCCCAAGGGCUACAGCUACAGGCAGGACUCUGAGACAUGUGAAGAUGUGAACGAGUGCGAGAGCAGCCCGUGUAUAAAUGGAUUGUGUAAGAACAAUGCUGGCUCCUUCGCUUGUGAAUGCUCCCCCGGCAGCAAGGUUGACCCAACGGGCCUCAUUUGCAUUGACUCUCUAAAAGGGACAUGCUGGCUCACCAUCCAAGAAGGCCGCUGUGAAGUGAAUAUUAAUGGGGGCACUCUGAGGUCCGAAUGCUGUGCCACGCUGGGGGCAGCAUGGGGCAGUCCCUGUGAGCCCUGUGAGAUCGAUCCAGUCUGUCAAAGAGGAUUUGCCCGACCAAGAGGGACCAUUUGUGAGGACGUGAAUGAGUGUGAGGUGUUUCCUGGUGUUUGUCCUAAUGGACGUUGUGUGAAUACGAGAGGCUCUUUUAAGUGUCAGUGCUCUGAGGGUCUUACACUGGACUCUACUGGACGCAUCUGUGUGGACAUUCGUUUAGAGCACUGCUAUCUGACCUAUGACGAGGACGAGUGUGUCCAGCCAGUGUCUGGAAGGUUCCGGAUGGAUGCCUGCUGCUGCACAGUGGGAGCAGCCUGGGGGAAGGAGUGUGAAGCAUGUCCAGAGCCUGGCACACGGGAGUAUGAAGCACUGUGCCCCCGAGGACCUGGCUUUGCAAACCGUGGGGAUGUGCUUACAGGCAGACCUGUGUAUAAAGACAUCAAUGAAUGUAAAGUUUUCCCAAGCAUUUGUGCUCAUGGAACUUGCCGGAACACGAUCGGAAGCUUUAGAUGCCGCUGUAAUGGAGGGUUUGCUCUGGAUGCAGAGGAACGCAACUGCACAGACAUUGAUGAGUGCAAGAUAUCCCCUGACCUGUGUGGACAUGGUGCUUGUGUGAACACUCCAGGCAGCUUUGAGUGUGACUGCCUGCCAGGUUAUGAGAGUGGUUUUAUGAUGAUGAAGAACUGCAUGGAUAUCGAUGAGUGUGAGCGAAACCCUGGAUUGUGUCGAGGGGGCUCUUGUAAGAACACAGAAGGGAGCUAUCAGUGUGUGUGCCCACCUGGCCAUCAGUUAUCCACUGAUGGGGAUGCUUGUGAAGAUGUGAACGAGUGUGAGCUGAGUGCCACUCUGUGUAGGAAUGGCGAGUGUGUGAAUGUGGCUGGUACUUAUCACUGUUCCUGUUCCACUGGAUAUCAAUCAACCCCUGAUAGAAAAGGAUGUACAGACAUAGACGAGUGCACCAUCGAGAACGGGGGUUGUGACUUGCUCUGCACUAAUUCAGAGGGCAGCUACACCUGCAGCUGUGGUCAAGGAUAUGCUCUGAUGCCAGAUCUGAGAUCCUGUACAGAUGUGGAUGAAUGUGAGGAAGAGCCUGAUAUAUGUGAUGGUGGUCAGUGCACCAAUGUCCCUGGAGAGUACCACUGCCUUUGUUACGAUGGAUUCACAUCCUCCAUGACCACAAAAUCAUGUAUAGAUGUGAAUGAGUGUGAGCUCAAUUCCAACAUCUGCAUGUUUGGAGAGUGUGAGAACACCAAGGGGUCCUUCAUCUGCCACUGUGAGGUCGGAUACUCAGUAAAGAAAGGCUCCUCUGGCUGCACAGAUAUUGAUGAGUGCCAGAUUGAUGCCCACAACUGUGACAGGAAUGCAAAUUGUGUCAAUAUCCCUGGAAGUUUCAGCUGCACCUGCAUGGAAGGUUGGAUAGGAAAUGGAGUGAAAUGUGAUGAUGUUGAUGAGUGCAUCAGAGGGACUCACCAGUGUAGCCCUGAUGGUGAAUGUGUGAACACACCAGGCUCUUUCCGCUGUGCCUGCACAGAAGGUUAUAAGGGAGAUGGCUUCACUUGUUCAGACAUAGAUGAGUGUGCUGACAGUACACACAUGUGUGAAAAUGGCCAGUGUCUGAACAUCCCUGGAAGCUACCAGUGCGAGUGUGAGAUAGGAUUCAUUUCAGACCCUGAUAGCAGAACCUGCCAAGAUAUCGAUGAGUGCACCUUUCAGGUCAUCUGUGUGUUUGGUUUAUGUGAAAACCUGCCUGGAGCUUUUCGCUGCGUCUGUGACGAGGGCUAUGAGCUGAACAGGUCUGGGAUCAACUGCACAGAUGUUGAUGAGUGCUUGGACCCCAUAAACUGUGUGAAUGGACACUGUGUGAACACCCCAGGCUCUUAUGAGUGUAACUGCCCUACAGACUUUGAACUGAACCCCACUGGGAUUGGUUGUGUUGACCCACGUGUAGGGUUUUGUUUUCUGGAGGCGGUGCCCCGUGGUCGAGGUGGACUGGCCUGCAGUGUGGAGGUGGGUGUUGGAGUCAGUCGCUCUUCCUGCUGCUGCUCUCUGGGCAGAGCUUGGGGAAACCCUUGUGAAGGCUGCCCUCCGGUCAACACCUCGGACUACAACACACUGUGCCCAGGAGGAGAAGGAUUCAGGCCUAACCCCAUCACCAUCAUAUUAGAAGACAUCGAUGAGUGCCAGGAGCUCCCUGGUCUGUGCCAGGGUGGGAACUGUGCCAACACCUUCGGCAGCUUCCAGUGUGACUGCCCAGGUGGCUAUUACCUUAACGCAGACAGCCGCAUCUGUGAGGAUAUUGAUGAAUGUGUGGUGAAUCCUGGGAUUUGUGGUCCAGGCACAUGCUACAACACAUUGGGAAACUACACAUGUGUCUGUCCUCAGGAGUAUAUGCAAGUAAAUGGAGGCAAUAACUGCAUGGACAUGAGGAAAAGCCUCUGCUUUCGCAAUUACAAUGGCACUGCCUGUGAGAACGAGCUGGCUUUCAACAUUACCCACCGGAUCUGCUGCUGUGCCUACAACAUGGGCAAAGCCUGGAACAAACCCUGCCAAGCAUGCCCUAGACCAGGCACUGAGGGAUUUCGCACUCUUUGUGGAAAUAUUGUACCUGGCUUUGAGAUUGAUAUUGAAACUGGGAAACCUGUGGAUAUUGAUGAGUGUAAUGAGAUCCCAGGAAUCUGUGCCAGUGGUGUGUGCAUCAACCAGAUUGGAAGCUUUCGCUGUGAAUGUCCGAGAGGAUUCAGCUACAAUGAUGUGCUACUCAUAUGUGAAGACAUUGAUGAGUGUAGCAGUUCAGAGAUCUUAUGCCAGAGGAAUGCAGACUGCAUCAACAGUCCAGGCAGUUAUCGCUGUGAGUGUUCAGAGGGCUUCAAGCUGUCACCCAUCGGAGCCUGCAUAGAUCGCAAUGAGUGCUUGGAAAAUCCUAACCUCUGCAGUCACGGCAAGUGUGUGGACAUGCCAGGUGGAUACAUAUGUACAUGCAACACUGGCUUCAAGGCAACCCCCAACCGCAAGAUGUGCAUGGACAUUGAUGAGUGUGUACGUCAGCCCUGUAAGAACGGAACAUGCAAGAACACUGUGGGGUCCUACAACUGUCUGUGCAACCCGGGCUUUGAGCUCACUCUUAACAACCAGUGCACAGAUGUUGAUGAGUGCUCAGGUCCGUACAGUCAGCUGUGCAGAAAUGGCCAGUGCAUGAACAGUGUGGGUUCCUUCCAGUGCCUGUGUGAUGAAGGCUAUGAGCUUACCCUUGAUGGGAAGAACUGCAUUGAUGUGAAUGAGUGUUUAAUCCUACCUGGAACGUGUGCUCCUGGUACGUGCCAGAACUUGGAUGGCUCUUUUCGCUGCCUCUGUCCCAAGGGAUACACUGUGCAGGACGAUCACUGUGUAGAUGUAAACGAGUGCGAGGAAGACCCUAACAUCUGUCUAUUUGGCUCCUGCUUCAACAACCCGGGCAGUUUCGAGUGUGUGUGCAAACCAGGCUUUGUGCUGUCUGAUAAUGGACGUCGCUGUUAUGACACAAGAGUGAGCUUCUGCUUCACCCGCUUUGAGAACGGAAAAUGCUCCAUCCCGCAGGCCUUCAACACCACCAAAGCCAGGUGCUGCUGCAGUGCCAUGCCCAAGGAAGGCUGGGGCUACCCCUGUGAGCUUUGCCCCAAAGAACAUGAAGCUGGAUUCCGUGACCUCUGUCCCUUUGGGGUUGGGAUCAUUCCAGGAAUUGAUGACACCAGCGUAGAUGUGAACGAGUGUGUGGAGAAUCCAGGUAUCUGCCACAACGGCCACUGCAUCAACACUGAUGGCUCCUUCCGCUGCGAAUGCCCCAUGGGUUACACACUCAACUACACUGGAGUUCACUGUGUUGAUGUUGACGAGUGUGCCGUGGGAAAUCCCUGUGGAAAUGGCACUUGCACUAAUGUGAUUGGUGGCUUUGAGUGCAACUGUGAGGAAGGUUUUGAACCAGGGCCUAUGAUGGCUUGUGAAGAUAUAAAUGAAUGUGGGCAGAAUCCUCUGCUCUGUGCAUUUCGCUGCAUCAACACUUUCGGAGGCUACGAGUGUUCCUGCCCUUCCGGAUACACACUGCGAGAGGACGGCAGAAUGUGCCAGGACCUCGAUGAGUGUGUGGAGGGCUUACACGACUGUGACACCAGAGGCAUGACCUGUAAGAACCUCAUUGGCACUUUUAUGUGUAUCUGUCCUCCCGGGAUGGUUCGCAGGAUGGACGAUGAAUUGUGUCAAGAUGAGAAUGAGUGUCGUACUAAGCCUGGUAUUUGUGAGAAUGGCCGCUGUGUGAACACCAUAGGCAGCUAUAUGUGUGAGUGUGGAGAAGGCUUCCAGCCUGACCCUACACACACUCAGUGCCUAGACUACAGGCAGGGUUUCUGUUUUACGGAGGUGCUGCAGACCAUGUGUCAGAUGUCCUCCAGCAGCCGAACAGCCAUCACCAAGUCCCAGUGCUGCUGCGACGGUGGCCAUGGCUGGGGGAAUCAGUGCGAGCUGUGCCCUCUGCCUGGCACUGCCAAGUACAAGAAACUGUGCCCACAUGGGCACGGAUACGCUACUGAUGGCACAGAUAUAGAUGAAUGUAAGGUAAUACCAGAUGUGUGUAAGAAUGGCAGGUGUAUCAACACCAUGGGCUCCUACAGAUGUCACUGUAACUCGGGAUAUACAGCCAGUAUAGCAGGCACUGCUUGUGUGGAUCUGGAUGAAUGUGCUAUGUCUCCAAAGCCGUGUAAUUUCAUCUGUAAGAACACAGAAGGCAGCUAUGCGUGCUCCUGUCCACGUGGCUAUAUCCUUCAAGAGGACAGCAGGUCAUGUAAAGAUUUGGACGAAUGCCAGGUGAAGAGGCACAACUGCCAGUUUAUGUGUGUUAACACUAUCGGUGGCUUCACCUGCAAGUGCCCUCCAGGAUUCACACAACACCACACAGCUUGUAUAGAUCAUAACGAGUGUGCAGCAGAACCCAGCUUGUGUGGGGCUAAAGGCCUCUGCCAGAACUCACCGGGCAGUUUCAGCUGUGAGUGCCAGCGAGGAUUCAGCCUGGACACAUCUGGACUGCACUGUGAAGAUGUUAAUGAGUGUGACAGCAACCAUAGAUGUCAGUUUGGCUGUGAGAACAUGUUGGGCGGCUACCGCUGCAACUGUCCACAAGGCUACACCCAGCACUACCAGUGGAACCAGUGUGUUGAUGAAAACGAAUGCUCCACUCCUGGAACCUGUGGUAGUGCUUCGUGCUACAACACGCUGGGCAGCUUCAAGUGCGCCUGUCCCUCUGGCUACACCUUUGAGCAAUUCUCCACCAGCUGCCAUGAUGUAGAUGAGUGCACCUCCUUCAAGAACCCCUGCAACUACGGCUGCUCCAACACGCAGGGAGGCUAUCUGUGUGGCUGCCCACCUGGAUACUACAGAGUCGGCCAAGGACACUGUGUGUCAGGCCUGAGCUUUGGGAAGAGCCGUCCCAGCUCUGCGGGUGCAGCUGGAGCAGUCGAGGAUAACAGCCUUUCUCCUGAAGGUUGCUAUGAGUGCAAUAUCAACAGUCCCCAAAAGAGAGGCAUCAGGAAGAGACGCACUAUCAAUGAAACGGAGCCCGAGGAGGAAGCUCCAGUCAGCCUGGCCAGUGUGGACAUGGAACAGCCUGUAGUCCUAGUGCUGAGCAUGUCCCAGUGCAGUCCUGAAGAACACAUCCUGGAGCUGGUGCCUGCCAUCAAGCCGCUCACCCACCACGUCUUCUACUCCAUCAGAGCGGGCAACCGAGCUGGAAUCUUCCGUCUCCAGCAGCGCCAGGGCCUCAGCUACCUGCACUGCCUGCAUGAAAAGGCAUCUGCAGGAGAAUACGAGCUGGAGAUCAGCAGCUCUCCACUGUACAAUCACACAGAGCUACGUGAACUGGAGGAUGGCAGGGACAGAGACUACCUCUCCGGAGAGCUGGGCCAGGACCUGCGCAUGAAACUGCACAUCAGACUGCAGUAGAUCGCCACUGUGUGGCCCAUGUGACUCUGCUGUGAAACCUACUCACACUCACCAAAGAACAGCAGCUCUCUUUUUGAACGAUGGGUGCUACGUAUCAGCUUCAAAAGACGUUUAACCGCAAGCUUAAAGCGGUGGUUUGGCCAAGAAUGAAACGUACACAACUGUCCUCUUUCUCUGAAAUGUAGUUUAGCUAAAACAUGCUGGGUGUCUGAGGUUUGCUUAUUUAAUCAAAUCUUGUAUUGGAAGCAGUAAUUAGCAUCAUGUAAACUGCACAUCUGGAUCAUCAUGCACUUACCUCAAUUAUUCUCAAGUAGGACUGAUGAUAGAAUUAGGUUUCUUGCAUACUAUUAUCUUAAAAUGUGGAUAAACAUACUGAUUAUGAGUUUGGGGUAAAUGUAUUAGUAUCUACAACAAGCACUGUAGGUACACCCAGAAAUGCAGUUAAAAUGUGAAGAAACGUGAAGACUCAAAUCUGAUUAUUUGCCUUAAUAUGACUCAAUAUGAACCAUUUUUAGGGCUGUGUGAACAUAUCAAAUCCAGUCACUUCAAAUCAGAUUUAAGUCACUUGAAUGUGUGGUUCUAUUCAGGUCAACUCCACUUAAAGACUGUGAGGUAACUCAUGGUACCUUAUUUUUAAUGCUAAGCUAACUAAAAAAAAGCAAACUUCACACCCCAAACAUGUCUUUUCCGAAUGCCUGCAUUUGUGUUAAGGAGGAAAGUGUGCACAUUAUUGUCUGAAUCCUUGCUUUAAGAUAGAAUUCCACUGUUUUUUCUUCCUCAUAAUUCAGUCACUAAGAUGUAAACAGUGUCUGACAAAUGGUUUAAUUUAGGAGCAUUAAAUGCUUUAGAAGUCUGUUUUUCUUUAAGAAUACAAAAAUUAUGUUAUGCUAAGAUUCUACAGAACAAUGAAAACUCUAUGGACACAAGUAUUGAGACACCUAGGGCCCUGUUUUAGCGAUCUACAGGUGAGCCAUCAACCGUUCACCGUGCAGUUUGAUUUAGGUCGUGUAAGUGUGUUGUUGCUAUCAAGAUAUUAAUACACCAGAAAUUUACCUGAAUACCCCUCACUUCCAGACCACCACGCCCAUCGAAAAAGCGUAAAUAUAUUUACAUGCGUCUGUACUACUUAAACGACGCAGGUGCAAGGCAUGAAAUAGACUGUUGAUGAGAAGUAUGACAGCAAUGAGCAUCGCAUCGAGCCUUGCACAGGGUGCAUAAUAGACUUUACAGCUACUGGAGCUUUUAUAGCGUUCCAUUCUGAAUCUAAAUGCAUUAAAUUGUGUUUGGUCCCUCAUUUUCAGCUCUAACAGCACUUGGUUCAGAACUCUACAGUUAUUGAUCAGCAGAGCAUUGGUGACUUUUCUGCAUUAGGCUCAUCAGCACUUUACGAGAUCGGACACUUUGCAGCGAAUCAUUAAAGCUUUCACUUUCUAAUAUAACCAUUUACAGAUUACAUGGCUAAGUGCUUGAUUUUUAAAAAUCUAUGGCAAUGAGACUAAUGGAAAACCUGAAUUCAGUGAUUAAGAGGUAUGUCUUAAAACCUUUGUCCAUAUAGUGUAAUUCAUAUAUAAAUCAAACUGCUCGACUCUGUUUACAUACAAAUGACUUGAGUUAUGCAGAAAUCAUUAAUAAAUACAGGUGGAAUUCCCCUUGAAGUUUUCCACAGGGUCCAGUGGUCAACCUACAGGAACACACCAGCAGUAAGCUUUUAUCCGACAGUUUUUAUGCCGAGAGAAUAGUAUAUUUCGUUUCGUAUAUAUUUGUGCUCAUGAAGGCCUGCAGUACGCUUAUAGGGGUAUUUCUGAAUGGUGCUGCUCACUGAAGUGUAAUGCAGCUCUCAUGCAGAGGCCGUGUUCCCCAGAGAGGGGAUCAUCUUUACAAAUGUGGACACUUUGCUGACCACGCCAGUUUAUUUUUUCAUUCUUACACAGCUUCCAUCACUUCAGCUCUAUCAGGUUCAGUAAAGGACACUUUUGUAAGCAGGAUGCACUGCAGUGAUUCUGAUGCUCAUGUAAAUAUAAUGAUCUCCCUUCUUCGGGUGUUUUCACACAUGUCCCAGAUAUACUUAUUGUCAAAAAUAGAAUGUGCAAAACUGCAAUACUUUUCGCAAGGUUUAAAUAUUUCGACUAAUAUAGGCAAAUCUUGAUCACAUUUUUAGCAGGAGAUUGGUGUGGAGAUGCAGCUGACCAUGGUAAAGCAUCCGUGUCUAAAAGGUAAGCUUUUGAGACAGUGGCAGUACGUGGUGGACGAGUAUUUUCCGGUUGGAAUCGAUCAGGGUGUGCAUUCUGAAAAUAUUUGUUGGACCUCCUGUUUAUUGAUUUCUUUUGGGUGCAACUAUGUUUUUUGUUUUUUUUGGAUGGUCAGUGUACAUAAGUCUGUAUCCAGGAUUUAUUCUGGGCUCUUUUGGAGGCAGGGCUCAUUAUCUCUGAUGCUUUCACGCAGAAGAAUUUCAUCCAAACUGCUCAGUUUCAAAUGUCACUUUUCUGCUUUGAAUUUUUCUGCUAAAUUGUAAAGCAUAUAUGUUCAUCACUUUUUAGUGUUUUCUUUAAAUACAAACACUCAAGCAGUUAUACUUUCAGUGUGACUAAAUUAACCAAUCAAACAACUUUAAAUGCAGUGCUGGAGCAAACUCCACACUGAUUUCAGGAGGACCAGAUAUCUGUGUUCUGGAGCGCUCCUGGUCAGACUGUCUAAACUUUUCAUAGCAAGCGCUCCCGAGUCCAAUCAAAAUAAAGGCUAGUGUGAAAACACCCUAAUCACUUGGACUUACAUGAGAGAAGCCACCAAAAGUGCCUGUUUUAAUUGACUAUUUUUUACAGAUUUAAACACUUCUUUUAUUCAGAGUUGAACACUAUUAUGCCAAGUGUAGAUUCACGCCUGUGUAUAUAUGAUAGCUUUAACUUUUUCAUUAAACUGACUUUAUAUAUAUUUAUUUUUUUUUCUUUUUGGUAGGCACUAAAACAACGUAGGAGGAGCACAGGAAGUUAUCAAAAUUGGUGACCAAAGUC